UGAAAGAAACGAAACGCAACGCCAGUAAUUUACACUUCUGUCAACUGCAUUAUUUUUACUUGUAAUAACCAAACUUAAACAAAAAACAAGAAGAAGACAUUUGCACUAAUCCAAUAUUUUUUUUCAUUUUUAUCAUAUCUAUUCACAACUUCUAUGAGAUUUUGUCAUUUUAAAACAAAUUUAUCCCAUGAGCAUAGCCGGUUAAUAUAACGUCGAACAAGGAAAAUCUAUUAAGUAAAAGCACUUUGUCACGUUCACGAAUCUAUGCUUAUACUCCUCACGACACACAAUGUGUUCUCUCAGACAUCUGACAACGAAAACUCUCGACGGACUAUUAUAUCGAUUGAAUAUACGUCCCUCUCAAAGUAAUUUUAAUGUUAGACCGUUCAUCAAACUCUUCCGAAGGUCGGCGCAAGCGCUUUAUCAUUUUCUGGCACAAUGAAUUGCCUAUCCGUGGCAGUACACUGUGCGCUUUCAUGCAGUGAUCAUGUCAAAUUAUAACCGCGCACCAGAAAGCAACCAAAAGAAAUAUCACGGUUACAGUUUACAAUUAAAUCGAUGGUUUCUCAUACUAAUCGGUGCGUGGCCACAAAUAAAUGCAUCGAGCAAAAUCUUUAUACUAAUACAAGUUUUGUUUUGUUGGAGCGUGGUAGCAUCAAUGACGGUACCGUGUCUAAUAUAUGUGUUAUUUGAGAAAAUCAGCAUCAAGACAAAAUUGAAAGCUUUGGGGCCACUGAUUCACAGGGCCAUGGGCAUAGUAAAUUACUGCGUGUUGCUCAAGCGCAGCGGUGACAUUAGUAAAUUGAUACGACAUAUGGAAGCAGAUUGGAGUCUCAUACAAAAAACCGAUAAUUGCGAGGUGAUGUUGCAACACGCCAAGCUCGGUCGUUUCAUUACCAUAAUCUGUGGAGUAAUUAUGCAGGGCGGUGUAUUCCUGUUCAGUUUAGCGAGGGCGAUGAAAACUGUACCUAUUACCGUUGACAACCAGACUUUUAUGACGCAUCCAAUGACGUGUCCAAUUUAUAGUAAAAUCAUCGACACAAGAUUUAGCCCUGUGAAUGAAGUCGCAUUGGCAUUGCAAUUUGUGUCAAUGUUCAUAAUGAAUUGCUCUAGCGUUGGUGUUUGCAGUUUGGCUGCCGUCUUCGCGAUACAUGCUUGUGGUCAACUGAACGUGCUGUACGCAUGGUUACAUAAACUUGUUGAAGAGCAGGAAAAAAGCAAACAGACAACUAAACGAAAAUUGGCAGCUAUCGUGGAGCAUCAUCUGAGAGUAUUGAGUUUUGUAUCACUCAUUGAAGAUAUUAUGAAUACAGUUUCUCUUGCACAAUUAAUGGGAUGCACAACAGUUAUGUGCUUAAUCGGAUAUUACAUGAUUAUGGCUUGGGAAACGCUCGAUGCAGCAAACAUAAUAUCUUGCGUUUUUACAUAUUUGUCAUACGGUUUUAAUAUUUUUAUAUUUUGCUACAUCGGAGAAAUUGUUACAGAAAAGUGUAAAUAUGUCGGGGAAAUGGCAUAUAUGACUAACUGGCAUGAUUUACAUCACAAAACUGCACGUGGUUUGGUUUUAAUUAUUCUCCAAUCAAGUAACGUGGUUAAGAUCACUGCAGGAAAGUUAAUCAAUUUAUCUUUCAUAACUUUUGGGGAUGUAAUUAAAUCUUCCAUGGUGUAUUUAAAUAUUUUACGAGCAAUGACCACGUAAAAUAUUACUUAUAUUAAACAUAAAUUAAGUGAUAUAAAAAAUAUAUAUUUUAUAUAGAGUAGCUUAAAAUAUCGUAAAAAUAAUAUUUAGUAAAUAAAAUCAGUGAUAUCAGAGAUUACCAAAUAUUUCAAUAAAUUAUUUUCAAACAUGUAUGUUACAUAAUUUUUUAUGAUUUUCUAGUUCACUAGUUAUUAUAAUUUCAAUAUUCCGUAAAAUACUAAUUUGCUUUCUCAAAUCCUUUAAUAACAAAAAAUAUAAAUUAUGACUAAUAAUUAAAGCACGCUCAAUAUCAUUUCUAUGAAUUUAUUCGAUAGUCUUCAGAUGACACGCGACAAUCUCUUUCACCACAGGUACUAGAAACUCGCGACAAUUAGUGGCCAGACACGCAACCCUUUCAAAGCAAUUGCAGGCUGCUCAUCAAAGUUUUUUAAAACAUAAGCGCUACUUCACAUUCAACUUUGGCAGGAUAAACUGUGCCCAUUCGUAAUAGCCCAUUGUAAGCCGUCAUAAAGUAAUCGUGCUAAAUUAUAAGCGUAUUGGAAGAAGUAUUAAAUUAAAAAGACAUGAUUGCAAUUUA